UCCGCUUCUCUCCAUUGACGACGAAACCGAGCACCUCCCAGCUCGACGAAAUCGGGUGCCCGUCAGUGCGAUCCCUCUGCUGCAUUGGCAUGGCGGAGCCGGAGGACGGCGGCGAGGUGGCCCCUCCUGAGGCGGCGGCAGCGACGAACGCAGCCGCUGAUUCGUCUCCCCCUGUUAAGGAGGAGCCGGCGCCAGCGGCAGAGGCAAAGCCGGCCAGCUCUGGCGAAGGGGUCUCCCUCAACUAUGAGGAAGCGAGAGCUCUCUUGGGAAGGCUGGAAUUUCAGAAAGGCAAUGUAGAAGCUGCACUUUGUGUGUUUGAUGGAAUAGACCUUCAAGCUGCCAUUGAGCGCUUUCAACCAUCAUCCUCGAAGAAAACAACAGAAGCUACUCUCGUUCUUGAAGCCAUUUACUUGAAAGCAUUGUCCCUUCAGAAGCUAGGAAAAUCAACAGAUGCCGCUCAACAAUGCAAAAGCGUCAUCGAUUCUGUUGAAAGUAUGUUCAAGAAUGGCACUCCUGACAUCGAACAAAAGCUACAAGAAACUAUCAAUAAAUCUGUGGAACUUCUCCCGGAGGCCUGGAAAAAAGCUGGUUCUCUUCAGGAAACAUUUGCUGCGUACAGACGCGCUCUUCUCAGCCCGUGGAACCUCGACGAGGAAUGCAUCACAAGGAUUCAAAAGAGAUUUGCUGUUUUCUUGUUGUAUGGUUGUGUGGAGGGAAGCCCACCCAGCUCCGGUUCACCAGCUGAAGGCACUUUUGCCCCAAAGACUAACAUUGAGGAAGCCAUUCUACUCCUCACAAUAUUAUUGAAGAAGUGGUAUCAAGGAAAGACCCACUGGGAUCCCUCGGUGAUGGAACAUUUGACCUACGCGUUGUCGAUUUGCAGCCAACCAUCUCUUAUUGCAAAUCAUCUCGAGGAGGUUUUACCUGGGAUAUAUCCCCGGACGGAGAGAUGGAACACACUAGCAUUUUGCUAUUAUGCCGUUGGCCAGAAAGAGGUGGCUCUGAAUUUCUUGAGGAAGUCCUUGAAUAAGCACGAGAACCCAAAAGAUACAAUGGCAUUGUUGUUAGCUGCCAAGAUAUGUAGCGAGGACCGCCGUCUUGCUUCCGAGGGUGUGGAGUACGCGAGAAGAGCGACUGCAAACACUGAAUCAUUAGAUGUUCAUCUGAAGAGCACCGGCCUCCAUUUCUUGGGGAGUUGCCUGAGUAAGAAGGCUAAGACUGUUUCAUCCGAUCACCAAAGAGCUAUGUUGCAGACAGAAACUAUGAAGUCGCUUACGGAGGCGAUGUCUCUUGACCGCAACAAUCCUAACCUAAUAUUCGACAUGGGAGUCGAAUACGCCGAGCAACGGAACAUGAAUGCCGCACUGAGAUGUGCCAGGGAGUUUAUCGACGCAACCGGCGCAUCGGUCUCGAAAGGUUGGAGGUUUCUAGCACUAGUCCUGUCCGCGCAGCAAAGAUACUCCGAAGCAGAAGUGGCGACCAAUGCCGCGUUAGACGAGACGGCAAAGUGGGAUCAAGGGUCACUGCUCAGGAUAAAGGCUAAGUUGAAGGUCGCCCAAUCAUCGCCCAUGGAGGCGGUGGAGGCAUACCGGGUCCUUCUUGCUCUUGUUCAGGCCCAGAAGAAUUCGCCUAAAAAAGUUGAGGGAGAGGCUGAUGCAGUUACCGAGUUCGAAAUCUGGCAAGGUCUUGCAAAUCUCUACUCCAGCCUCUCACACUGCAGGGACGCCGAGGUAUGUUUGCAGAAAGCCAGAGCCCUGAAAUUGUACUCCGCCGCGACACUCGAAGCCGAAGGUUACAUGCACGAGGUGCGCAAGGAGAGCAAGGAGGCGUUGGCGGCCUACGUGAACGCCUCGGCGAUGGAGUUGGAGUACGUGUCGUCCAAGGUGGCCAUCGGGGCGCUGCUCUCCAAGCAGGGGGGCAAGUACCUCCCGGCGGCGAGGGCCUUCCUCUCGGACGCCCUGAGGGUCGAGCCGACGAACCGGAUGGCGUGGCUCAACCUGGGGAAGGUGCACAAGCUCGACGGGAGGAUAGCCGACGCCGCCGACUGCUUCCAGGCGGCGGUGAUGCUCGAGGAGUCGGAUCCCGUGGAGAGCUUUAGGACGCUCUGAUGAGAUUAUCACAGCUAUAUAUGAAGUCCUCACUUUCUUUUACCCUCCGCGUUACACUUACACCUCUACUCUCCUUGUUUAUCUCUCCUGUUGUACUAGUUCAAUGAAUGUAAAGUUAACC